GCGAGGCAGGCUUGGCUGGUUGGAGGACGAGCUGAAGGAGACUGCGCUCACAUGAAACCCGACCUAUCACAUCCUGCCUUAGGACCCGGGUUGGCCAUCCUUUGCCUGAGAAAGUUGCCCGUAUUUCUCGUAAUGGAGUAUGGGAAGGAAAGAGUCGUGGCAUUAGUCGACAUGGACUGUUUCUACGUGCAAGUAGAGCAAAGGCUGAAUCCUGCCCUUAAGAAAACUCCCUGUGUAGUGGCCCAGUAUAAGACCUGGAAAGGCGGCGGGAUCAUAGCUGUUAGCUACGAGGCCAGGGCCCAUGGUGUCACCAAGAACAUGUGGGUGGACGAUGCCAAGAAGCUGUGCCCGGAUCUCCAGGUGGCACGAGUGCGCGAAUCUCACGGAAAGGCGGACCUGACCCCUUACAGGGAGGCCAGCGUGGAAGUAAUCCAAGUGAUGUCUCGCUUUGCGGUGGUCGAGCGGGCCAGCAUCGACGAGGCCUACAUGGACUUGACUGCAGCUAUUCAGCAGCAGCUGAAGGACAUGGCGGACAAACAAAUACAGCCUCACCAGCUGAGGACCACCUGCAUUCAAGGGUACCCUCACAAUUCAUCCGAAGGAGAGGAAGAACCUGCUGAGGAUCCCAUUCUGGACAAAGAGAAGCAGAGGUCCACAGGUGUGCUACAGUGGCUGGCGUCUCUGCCCAUGCACAACUCAGCAGAGCUUCAGCUCACCGUGGGGGCCCUCAUUGUGGAGGAAAUGAGGGCGGCUGUGGAGCAGCACACGAGCUUCCAGUGUUCAGCUGGGAUCUCACACAACAAAGUGCUGGCUAAACUGGCGUGCGGGUUGAACAAACCAAAUCGACAGACCGUUUUGCCACUGGACUCCGUGACCGAACUUUUCAACACACUACCCAUUAGCAAGAUACGGAACCUGGGCGGAAAACUGGGGGUCUCGGUCACAGAAGCGCUUCAUGUGGAGCACAUGGGGGAGCUGACUCGCUUCUCUCAGGCUCAACUGGGGCACCACUUUGGAGAGAAGACCGGUCAGUGGCUGUAUGAUUUGUGUCGGGGCAUUGACUUUGAAGCGGUGAAACCCAGGCAGCUGCCAAAAUCAAUUGGCUGCAGUAAGAACUUCCCUGGGAAAACAUCACUGGCGACAAAAGAGCAGGUCCAGUAUUGGCUUCAUCAGCUGGCUUUGGAGCUGGAGGAGAGGCUGACCAAGGACAGAGAAGUGAACAGUCGCGUAGCAAAACAGCUAACGGUCGGCGUCCGACAGCUGGGUGACAAGCGGCAGAGCAGUUUCUCGCGCUGUUGCGCUCUCGUGCGCUACGAUGCCGCCAAGUUGUCGGCCGACAGCUUCGCCAUCAUCAAGAGCCUCAACGCGGCGGGAAACCAGCAGGUGGCAUGGAGUCCACCGCUCACGCUGCUGCACCUCUCGGCCAGCAAAUUCUCCGACGCCCCUUCAGCCUCAGCUGGGGGCAUCGCGGGCUUUCUCAGCGCAGACGCGCCUUCCACUCAAAGCGUUCUCUCCGCCAGCCAUGCCCCACGCAAAUCACCCGCCACCAUUGAUUCCUUCUUUCACAGGCAGCAAACAGAAUCUCAGUCGACUCCAUCGUGUUCCCUCUCUUCUCCGAGUCCUUCUAAAGGCACUUUGGCAGACCCUCGCACAAGCAUCGCCUCGUUUUUCCGGAAGAAAAAUGCAGAAACUGGUUUGAAUCCAAGCCACGAUGGUGAAAAGCGAGCAGAUGGCUUUCCCACCCACACUGAGGACACAGCAGAAGAUGUGCUCAAGUGUCAUCGCUGCGGCCAGAACGUGCCGGCGUGGGAGAUGCCCGAACACAAUGACUAUCAUUUCGCCUUGGACCUACACAAAUCCUUUUCCCCUUCUUGUUCUUCCUCCUUUGUCAGAAGGGAACCUCCUGCUGGGGCAUCGCCGUCCUCUCAGCUUAAAACUAAAAGCAGAGUGUCAGGAGGACCCCAAGCCAAAAGACAUUGCUCACAAGGAGGAGGAGGAAGUACGGGGACUCUGGAUUCUUUUUUCCAAAGAUACUAAUCUUUAUAUGUGAAAGUGCCCCCGUAUAGAUUUCAGGAACAAAUACAGUGAUGUCUAGAGAGUGGACCAAGUUGAGACGUUCAUCUAUUUUUUUUUUUUUCUUUUUUGGGACUUGCAGUUGCGAGCAAUACGAGUUAUGGGAGAUCUUGAGAUAUACCACUUAAAAUGCAACAAUUAAGGCACUGUUGUUAUGUCCCCACAUGUGGGCAAGGACAGCCACAGUCACCUUCAGCCAUUUAUUGAAAGGAAAAAACAGUCAAUUACAAAUAUACAAAAUUAGAACCUUCACCAGUACUCAAGUAGUAGUCAACCUAGACCCUGAUGUCAUGCCCCUUAAACAUAAAUAAUACAGUAUGUAACAAUUAAAAGAACAUUGAACAUUAGUUUUUACACAAUACAGUGAGUGCCAUUUUCUUCAUUGGCUGUAAGGGAUAAUACUAUUUCUGUUCAUUUAAAUCAAGAAUAAUUGAUGUAAUGAUGGUUGAGUAGAUUUAAUCAUUAAUUUUUGCCACUGAAUAAAUUAAACUCCAGUUAAGAUAUGGUGUAAGAAUUAUAAUUGAAGAUUAUUAAAUUGUCCAUGAUUGUGAAUGUUUUUUUUAAAUUUCAGCCUAUCAUUGGCUGGCAGGCAGCCCACCUUAUUCAAAGUCAGCUGCGUUAGUCUCUAACUCACUUGCAACUCUAAUGAGGAUUUAAAUUGAAUGAAUUACAAUAACUUUGUUGUUUGUCAGUGACAUUUGCUCUUAGAGAAUAAAAAUCAACAUUGGACCCCGACUGGACCUGUUCUAAAGGAUUUUAUACUCAUUUUACAUGUUUUUUUCUUGGUGAAAAAAAGAAAUAAAGUAGACCUUUCCACUAUUUGCACAAACCUGAAUAAAAUCUCAUUGGAACUUUCAAAAGUCCCCAAAAGGUAACCCAAACAUACUUGUAAUUUUUAAAAAAAAGCACUUUGUUUGACUGUUCUAUCUGAUUUUUAUCAUUAUUGAUUACAUGUUGACCAAAAGAUAAAUGUAGAAUUUAGACUAUGUUCCGUCAUAACCACCCAGUUAUGCGAAUGUUCCAUAAAGUGUCCAUAAUUUUAAAAAUAAAACUGUUCAAAAGUCAGUGCUCUUUUACGUAGAACCAUGAGUCUAUAAUUAUUAUAAUCAAUCCAUCCAUUUUCUGAGCCACUAAUCCUCAAGAGGGUCACGGAAGUGCUGAAGCCAAUCCCAGCUGUCAUCGGGCAGGAAGCAGGGUACACCCUGAACUGGUUGCCAGCCAAUCCCAUCUUUUGAUCAUCUUAAAACAAAUUAAUAGACUGCACCUCAAGGAGGCGCAUCGAGUUAAUAUUCUGAAAAAUAUGUCAUAUUAGAUACUUGGAAUGGCACAUGACCAGAGAGAGAAAUUCACAUUGAAAACAACAAAACAGCCUUUUUGAAAACAAAUGAUAAGAAAAAAAACCCUCAUUUUCCUACACUUAUUUUCCUUUUUUGUUGCUUGUAACACUUGCUGAUCCUUAAAAGACUGAAAAUGUUGAGAUAUGAUGUUGAUGAGCCCUUGUAAAUAUUGUAUGAUUUGUAACAUUUCUAUUGUUCCACUUGUCUUUCCCUAAUUGCAAUAUCCACCUGAUUUGAAAUACAUACUGUACACUCACAAUGUUUGAAGUAAGAGCUGGGUAGUAAUUACUGACACUUUACUUUGAAGAAUAAUUUAGUUUAGUUUUAAUUCUUACUUGACUGAUGUUUUAGCUAUUUUUCUUAGGCAAAAGAAUAGAAAAUAAUGGAAUCUUAUUUUAAUUGUAAUUUAUAAAGACAAAACACAAUUAAAUUCUGUGUAAAUCGUCCAACACAAUGGGCUAAUGGUUCUAACCGGGACAUCUACCUCCUAAUGAAAAUGUUUUGUUUUUUUACAAACAUUUCCAGUUAAUUGUCAAAAAUCAUAGCAAAACUAGCGUCCCACCCCCUUAGCAUUUUGAGGAGAAACUGUCCAGUAAAUUUAUUGUAUUUUAUAAAUGGGUAUAUCAUAUCAAGGCAUUAAGUUUUGGAAAAAAAGGCUGAUAUUAUUCUAUUAAUUUUUAAUCCCACCAAUUCCAAUUCUUAACAAUAAACAGUUCAAACUGCAUAGAAGUCACAUUUUAAUGUGAUAAAAGCUUCAUUUAAUACACCAAUUGGAUCUGUACAUAGUUCAUGUGAUUAUACACUUUGCAUUCAAAAUGGGAUAAACAAGUCAUAAAGCUUCAACAAGUUUGAUUGUAAAAUGUAAAAACUACUAGAAAUACACCUGAGAUGCACAAAAACACAAAAUGUAUAGCUAGAUAUAUAUUACAAAAGGUUGAAAUAUGCUCUUGAAAAAACCACAACAUAAUGAUAGAAUGGGGUGUGUAACUGUAAAGUUGAUGUAACAGUGCGGCAGUCAUAUAAGAUAGUUGGUAAAAAGAAUUAUCGUAAGGCCUACAGUAGUCUUGGUUUGGAGUAGUACCAAACAGUCAAACGAUUUGGUACAAAUAUUUGCAUUUUGAACUAGUAGCACCAGCUUUAAGAUUUUUUUGAAACUGCUUGAAUGACUUGUGUUGUGUUGGAAGGCACUUCCAUGAGGCACUGCGUGUUUGUGUGCAUGCAACGUCAGUAACUUCAAGAGCCUGCGGCAAAUAUAUUUGAAAGAAAAUGGCUUUUACUUUCAAAUUCACGCUGUGCAGCAAGUCUUAGGUUGCCCGUAUUAUUCUUUUUUUUGUAUCAAUGCUAUCUAAUAAAAUACACUCACUGGAGAACUUAAGCCAAGGGAACAAAUGUAAAAAAUACAGUGGAACCUCAGAAUUUGAACGUAUCAUUGGUAGUACAAAUCGGUUUUUGGAUAAAAAAAAAAAAAAAAAAAAAAAAGAAAA